AUGAAUGUUAGCAACAAUGAUGUGAAAUUACUGCUUUUUAAAUCCAUACAGGCUUCUGAUUCUCUGGAUAGCUGUAUACAGGAAAUCCUUUCAUCACUAUAUCUUCCUUUUGAUGCAACUGCAACCUCCGUUCUAUCUCAGGUUUUUGAUGUUGUGGAAAAACAUUACAGUGGUGAUGGUCUGCAUUAUCUUUUAGACUUUCUUAUUCCUGUUAAGCACAUUCUGCAGUGUCUUCAGCAAGAAGCCUGUGUGCAGUUCCAUGGAUUAAUAUUUCGCCAUGAAGGGUGGCCGUUAUGCAUUCAUGAAAAAAUUAUAGUGCAGCUUGCAUCAUUUGAUUGGAAAUCUCUGAAACCUGGGGAUUUUUACCUUCAAGUAGUGCCAUAUCUUAAAAAAACUCCCCAGAUUGUACUAAAAUUUUUGGCGAAGGAUAAGCACAAUAUAGAGGAACUUGUAAUCCCAGAAGUACAGUAUAUGUCUGUUUUUACUGAGGAAUGGCUUGAAGCUAUUAACCAGAAACAUUCAGGAACUAGUUUAGAAAAUUGUUUGCUCUCCACUAAUGACAAUAUUUUUUGUGUGCCUUGGAAAAACAUAGUUACUCCUGAAUUUAUACAUCUACCAAAAAUCCUUGAAAAUGUAUCAACUCUAAGAGUUAAUGAAGACAUGCCUUUAAGUAAUCCAACUCCAUUAAAAAAACACAGAAAUUGUACGCCAGCUGUCAGUAAGCCAGAUAAUUUGGGUUUAUGGAUGUCAAACUUUGAUAGGUCUGAAUUUACUGCAGAAAACUUCCUUACAUCUGUGGAGCAGUGUGCUAGCAAAAUUCUGAUGGAAGGAGAGACAUUUGACAGUGAUUUAGAAGGUGAAUAUGUAGACCUUGAGGAACUUCCACCUCUAUUACUUACACAGCAAAGUAGUGCAGCAGCACCAUCUGUAGAGUUGAAUUAUUUAAACCAGUGUGUGGGUAAAGUGGAAACUUCAACUGAAAUCACAAAUCUUGUUGAUGCUUAUAGAGAUAAACCUCAUGAUUGUAUUCACUCAGACUGUAGUAAUCCAUUGAGGAGUGCUGGCAGUGAAUUACUGAAUAGUUUGCAUUUAGUCACAGAAAGAGGUGAAUGCUGUGAAGUAGUAGAUCAUCUUUGUAGUGCUGAAAUUGACAGAAAAGGUAAAUGUGAUGCUACUUCAUUAACAACCCAAACCGUAUUGUACUGCAUGGAAGACUCACCCUCAUCAAUCAAAACACAUUAUAAUACUGCCGAAAUUUGUGAACCUUUUGCAUUAAAACAAGUUGAUGAUUGCAACACACAGUAUAAUCUGUCUAAAAAUAAAUCUAAGUUAACUGUUGCUGGAAAGGAAAGUACUGUUGAUUUUAAUUUUAGAAGCAAUUUUCGAAAUGAAGUUAACAUUCUUGAAAAUACUGAUUGUCCCCAUGUUCAUUCAGAAGACAUCUGCUCUGUUGUAGAGUGUAUGUCAGUUCCUGAAACAGUUGGAAUUCAAGAACCAUUCAAGGCAAGUUCUUUACACUGUGCAGAAGUAUCUAACCCUUUAAUGAGUGCAGAUUUGUUUUAUAUAGACAAACUGCAACAGGCAUCCAACAGUGCAUUGCUGGAGAAUCCAAACUGUAACUUACAACAGCAACCAAAAGGUGAUAUUGCAUUAGACAGUACUUGUAUCUGUAGUGCAUUUCAGGUACAAUCAGCAGAUGCUAAUCCUGUUAAAGCAUGCCUCAUAGAUGAACAGGUACCUUCUAAUGGCACUAUGUGCUCCAUGGAACAGAAUUGUGAGAUUCCCUUUCAUCAAAAAGAUAGCACUUUAAAAGAUGUUACAGGAGACAGAAAAGAUCAGUAUUCCUUUGAUGUAUUUGACAAGGAUAUCACCCGUGAAGAGGAUGCAUGUUUAGACAAAGAUCAGAAAGCAAAUCAAGUGUUUAAACUGGGAGAGAUCGAUAGUACAUUGCUUGCUGGAACAGAUAGACCAUUUACUGCAGAUGAAUGUUGUGCAGGUGACACAUGUCUGAAACCUACCUCAGGUAAUGCUAGUUUUGGUAAUGAGCACUCCAGUGAUGAUAUAGAUGAAAAAGUGGCCGCUCAAACAAAACCUCUGAAUGGAAUUUCCUCACUGGAAGGCACAAGCAGCCAUCAUGUGCAACUCACUGAACAGUUACAGAUGGAACAUGCUAAUGUGUUGUGGCAACAUGAAAAUACAUGUGACAAAGAACAAAACAUUAAUGAAAAAAAGGAAGACGUGCUUGUUUCACAACUGCUGCCCGGUGAAGAGAAUGUUCCUAUGCAACAUAGGUUGCUGUUAACAUCCCCAUCUACUGCAAGACUUUCAUUGACUACUACUUCUAAAGCACAAGAAGUUAAUCUUGACAUUCUUCGGUCUGGAGUUGCCUGUCUACCUGGAACCAGAGACAGAAGUGGACGUGCUGUCGUAAUAAUCUCUACAAAGAAUCCAAUUUGGCUGAGUCCACAUUGUAAUUGCUGUGACCUUGUUCAUUUACUCUUGUAUUUCUCCAGUAUUAUCAGCAUUGAAAUCAGAGCUUUGGGACUUACCAUUUUGGUCGAUGCUCGUCGGUGUUUACCAGUUCCUGAGCUCUUUAAAUCUUUCAAUGCCCUACAAGAUGCUGUUCCCAACUGUAUCCAUGUUGUAUUAGUACUUGCUGACAAAGAUUUCUCUUUUCGUGUGGCAAAACCCACAUCUGUACAGUUUAUUCUGCUUACUUCAAUGAAAUCUCUUCACAAACACAUAGAAGGUGCUCAGCUUCCAACGGACUUUGAUGGGGCAUUUUCCUAUAAUCACAGUAACUGGUUGCAUUUUCAGAUGAGACUGGAGCAAUUCAUAUAUGCAUGCCAUGAAGCUCAUGCUUUGAUACAGAAUGCUGUUAUGAGAAUGGAAAUGAGUAAGCUACCAGAAACAGCUGAGGAGGCCAUUGUUUCUUUGGAGCAGUGUAAACAGUUAAUGAAAAAUGUACUUGAGGAUGACCGGUUAGUGAGACUUCAGUUGCAAGGAGGAGCUAUGCUAGCCAGACUUAAAAAAGAGGAUUUUUGUAUCAUCAGAACUGAUACUUACAGACAUUCAGUAAAGACUGUUACCAUACUGUACAACCAGGUGGAUGAAGGUUUGCAUCGUCUGGUGAUGCUUUCAAAUGAACACAUGCAGAAGUUGAAGUUUAUGAUAGAAUUCAAGAAAUGUGAAGACAGCUUAAGAGAAGUUAGUAGUUGGAUUGAGGAUGUGGGUAGUAAGCAUCUUACAAGAAAUGAACAGGACGAUUCUUUGGAACAGUUACUUUGCACACACAAGAGUUUCAUGGAUUUUAGUAUGGUUGCUAACAUAUACUGUAGAAAAGGCCAAGAACUGUUGAAGAAUCUGCAACCCUGGGAAGAUGUUCAUAUACUAGAAAUAAAGGGUUAUAAGGACAUACUAAAGAAGCACAAAGAGCAGCUAAGAGAAUUUUUGCUAAAAAUUGAAGACUGUAAGAUGAAUCUUAACAAAACUGUGGCACUUCAUGAAUUCUUUGAUGAAGCAUAUAAGUGGGCUUCGGAAGGUAUGUGCCACCUUGCUUCUGUCAAUAUGGAACACUGCAACUCUGCAGAAAGAUGUGAUACAGUUAUCAAAUGCUUAGAAGAGUACAGACAUCAUCAUCCAGAAAUUCCUGUAUCAAAAUUUAAGGAAAUGGAGAAACUAGCAGCUAGUCUAAACAAUGAGCGAGCAAUUAAUCAGUGGAAGUUUGCGUGGUCCAAAUGUCAGGAGGCUAAACUUGUGUAUGAAAAGAAACUAGAAGCUGUUUUGAGGAUAAAAAGGGCUUUGCAGAUUAACAGAAAGCAACUUGAUGAAGACCAUGAAAUGUCUUGCAGUAAAAGUAUUAUUUUGACUAACAGACAAUAUUCAGAGGAAGCUGACCACAAUGUACUGUCUGAAAGGAAUAAUAUUGUUUUCUCUUCCUUUAGUGGGUUGAGCCAGCUAACACAAGAGAAACUGGUGAUGAAUUCUCCAGGAGAAUGUCAUGACGAUGAAUAUAAUGGAAAUGAAGCAAUUUUAUCAGAUGCAACUGCCAGGCAAAUCCUUACCCCUACCACUAACAGAGGGACUCAUAGACUUAUUACCAGUCAUUCUUUAGAUGAACAUUAUAAAGAGUUUUUAGGAGACAUUCCUUCUUUUAGCUCACCUUAUUUUUCUACUCCAGGACCUAACAGACAUAUGAAAAGGACAGUAAGAAAGGCACGAAGUUUUGAUAUACCUUCCAGUGAAUGCAUGAGAUACGGUUCAUGCCAGAGAACUCUGAGUGAACCUACACGACGAGGCAACACAGGCGUUUUCAUCAAAGGACUUGAAGUAAGCAGUUCAGUGGUGGCUGAUAGGACAUAUUCCUCUAGACAACAAGAAGUUCAGAGCUGGCCAGUCAGUCAGAUGGAUGGAUGUGUUACCCCUUCAUUACUGGCCAGAAAUAAGUGCAGCAAGCUGAGGCACAUUAUUGAUGAGAUGGUUACAACAGAAAAGGAGUAUGUUAAAUCCUUACGAUACGUCAUUGAUAACUAUUAUCCUGAGAUGGAGCGUUUUGAUCUUCCACAGGACUUGCGAGGGAAGCGCAACAUCAUUUUUGGAAACUUAGAGAAACUGUAUAAUUUUCACAGCCAGUACUUCCUGAAAGAGCUAGAGAGCUGCUGCAAUCAUCCACUUCGUGUCAGUCAUGGCUUCUUAAGACAUACAGAUCAAUUUGGGAUGUAUGCUUUGUACAUUAAGAAUAAGCCAAAGUCUGAUGCAUUGUUAAGCAACCACGGAAAUACAUUCUUUAAGUGCAAACAACUACAACUGGGUGAUAAAAUGAAUUUGGCUUCCUAUUUAUUAAAACCAGUCCAGAGGAUGAGUAAGUAUGCACUGCUGUUGAAGGACCUCAUAAAGGAGUGCAACGAAUCACAAGAGCAAGAACUGGCAUACCUUAGAGCUGCAGCAGAAAUUGUUAAAUUUCAGCUUCGACAUGGAAACGAUCUUCUAGCAAUGGAUGCCAUCAGAGACUGUGAUGUAAACUUGAAGGAACAAGGGCAGCUGAUUCGACAGGAUGAGUUCAUAGUAUAUCUAGGACGCAGAAAAUACCACCGCCACAUCUUUUUAUUUGAGGAUCUAAUUUUGUUCAGUAAACUUAAGAAGAUUGAUGGAGGACGUGAUAUCUAUACGUAUAAGCAGUCAUUUAAAACAUCUGAUAUUGGCUUGACUGAAAAUGCAGGUGAGAGUGGCUUGCGAUUUGAGGUAUGGUUUAGAAGACGGAAAUCCAAUGAUACUUACAUUCUUCAGGCAAGUUCUCCAGAAGUGAAACUGUCCUGGAUAAAUGAUAUAGCUAGAAUUCUCUGGCAGCAAGCUUCCAGAAAUAAAGAAGUGAGAAUGCAAGAGAUGGUGUCCAUGGGAGUUGGUAACAAGCCUUAUAUGGAUAUAAAACCAAGUGAUGCUGCAAUCAAUGAUAGAGCCAUAGACUACAUUAUGAAGGGAAGAGGAUCCAGAACAAGAGCCUCGAUUGCAGUAUCUUUAUUUGAUCACUCAGAUCCCUACAAAAGAACCCAGACACCAGUGUCCUCCAGUGGUACUUCUUCUUGUAGUUCAUCAUCUUCACUACUUGGGCCACUUAACCUGCAUAUUUACAGAAACCCACCUCUACUACAUGGAGUCCUGGGGACUGUACAUACUUUUGAUAUCAGCACUUGUAUAGAAGAGGAAGACUUGGAGCAUGAACCUAAUAGUCAGCCCUCAACUACAACUGAAAGCUCUGAAUCUUCCCACUGUGUGUCUGGAAGUGGAUCGAGUGGUUCUGAUAGUGGCUGUGUUUCCAGCAUCUUACCAGAAAGUUUAUCAGAAGAAGCUUCAUCUCCAUGUGACACAUCAACAUCUUACUUUCCAUCAGGUUCCAGGAAUGUUUUAAACAGUUUGUCACCACUAGAGGAGAAGACAACAAAAACAAAUCAGAUUGUCAUAAAUCCAUCCACAGUACUAUAGGAACCACAGGAUAUCAAUAUUCAUUUCUACAUUGUCUAAGUUUAACAGAUGAUAUCUUGCAUACAAUCAAGUGAAGACAGAAACUGUAUUAGUGUCAAGCAUUCACUUUUGUAACUACAGACUUGAACUUGUAUUAGAAUACUGGACAAUACUGUUUUAAUGCAAACAGGAAGCCAGGUUUUGGUGUAUUUUUUUUUUAAUUUUGAAACAAGACACAAUUCUCUUUAUAUUUAUGAAAAAUGUAUUGUUUUGCUAACUAUAAAGUGAUAAUAUUAAAAUGAGAUUAAAAUUACUGACUUACAUGUUAUUAAUAGCCAGUGUCUGAUUUAGUGGAGUUUUUACAGUUGUCAUAUUAGGUGGUACUGGAUAGUAAAUCAGUUUUAUGUUCUAUAUAUACUGUGUCCAAAAAAAAACUGACUGAAUUGAAAUUGAUAGUACUCUACAGGUUGAUUUUCCUUGUUUCAGUUUAUUUACAAUUAUUUGACAGCACUGUAUGUCUGGCCAUAUGACUGCAGUAUCAGAAGAGAUAACAAGGGCAUUUAUUUUUUUUUCAAAACCGUGCACAUAAGUGCAUUUUGUUAUUUUAAAUAUAGCAGUAACAGUGCUUAAUAAUUUGCUCUAUGCUGUGUUUCUCAUAUGUAAUUUAUUUUCUGUUAUUUCAUGUUGCUUUAACUUAAUUGUGUGAAGUAAACAUACAUGCAAAACCA